GGAGACAGCCGCAGGGAGGCGGAAGGAGCCGAAGACCUGCCAUAGCCGAGCCGGACGCGGGAGGGCUGGCGGCCAUGGCGGUCUCGGAGCCCGGCUAUCGGAGCUGGUCCUUCUUCCCCGAGGUGCCAUCCGCCACCUUCUUCACCGCACUGCUCUCGCUGCUGGUGUCCGGCCCCCGCCUGUUCCUGCUGCAGCAGCCCCUGGCGCCCUCCGGCCUCUCGCUGAAGUCCGAUGCCCUGCGCGACUGGCAAGUUUACAGGCUGGUGACCUACAUCUUUGUCUAUGAGAACCCAAUCUCCCUGUUCUGCGGUGCUAUCGUCAUCUGGCGCUUUGCUGGCAACUUUGAGAGAACCGUGGGCACCGUCCGCCACUGCUUCUUCACCGUGAUCUUCGCCCUCUUCUCUGCUAUCAUCUUCCUGUCAUUUGAGGCCGUGACAACACUGUCGAAGCUGGGGGAGGUGGAGGAUGCCAGAGGUUUCACUCCAGUGGCUUUUGCCAUGCUGGGGGUCAACUCUGUCCGCUCUCGGAUGAGGCGGGCCCUGGUGUUUGGUGUGGUCGUGCCCACAAUGGUGGUGCCAUGGCUACUGCUGUGUGCCUCCUGGCUCAUUCCCCAGACCUCUUUCCUCAGUAAUGUCUGUGGACUUGGCAUUGGGCUAGCGUAUGGCAUCACAUACUGCUAUUCCAUCGACCUCUCAGAGCGUGUAGCACUGAAGCUUGACCAGAAGUUCCCCUUCAGCCUGAUGAGGAGGAUUUCAAUGUUCAAGUACAUCUCAGGCUCUUCAGCUGAAAGAAGAGCAGCCCAUAGCCGGAAGAUGAACCCUGUGCCCGGCUCCUACCCGACGCAGAGUGGCCACCCUCACCUGACCCCAAACCACCCUGUCGCCCAGAUGCAGCAUGCAAGUGGCCAGAAAUUAGCUUCCUGGCCACCCUGUGCUCCUGGGCACAUGCCCAGCCUGCCUCCAUACCAGCCUGCCUCUGGCCUGUGUUACGUACAGAACCAUUUUGGCACAACCCCUAAUUCCUCUGGUGUCUACCCUGCUUCUGCAGGUGCCUCCCUGGGGGUUCAGCCCCCCGCCCCCCUCAACUGCCCUGGCACAGUGUAUUCUGGAGCCCUGGCCUCCCCAACGGCUGCAGGCACCAAGGAGUGCUCACGGGUCCUAAUCCCUUGAGAGAGUCUCCAGAGAGGUUAUCUCACACCAUGGCCUUCUGCAGAAGGUCCUCUUCUGAGAUUUUCUUUACAAAAAAUUAUUUAUUGAACACCUCUAUGUGCCAGCUCUGUGUUGAGUACUUUGAUAUUCCUAUUUCAAUCUCGUUCAUCUUCAUGACAACUUUGUGAAGUGCAGUUUCUUGUCCCCAGUUUACAGGUGCAGACAGCGAGGCACUUUGUGAUGCUAUCAGGUUGUGUAGCUCUGCCAUGCCAUGGCUGGGGUGCUUGGCGUCAGGCCAGGGCGCCUCCUACCUGCCUGCCUCCUGGAGAACACAGGUUGAAGAAGAGGCCCAGGUUGUCUGCGGAAAUUCUAGCUCUGCAUUUCCUGCCCGUCGUGUGUGUUGUGCUCUUGGUUAUAGUGUGUCCGUGUAUCUUGUGUCUGCCUUUUGGAAGCUCCCAGCUGGUGUGCUUGGCGUCCCCAGGCCUGUGUAGUGUUUCUCCCUGCAGCGGCACCCUCACCCAGACUUCUGCCCAGAAGUGGUGAGACGGACCAGUGUGAACCACAGUGGCCUGCAUAGUGUUAACUGCCUUUGUAUAAAGAAACAGCCUUCA